AUGAAAAAAAAGACUAGAAAAUCUCAGGAAACUUCUUCCAGUUCAUAUGAAAAAGACUCCUGUGGAUCAGACAAGGAUAAUGAUUCAGUUUUAGAUGUAGAUUUUGAGUUUUUUAACCCGCGUUUAAGCGAUGUUUAUACAUUGAGAAAUCUGUUAAGACAAUUAAUAGGGCCAGAUUCAGAUUGUCUGAAUAUAUUUGAGUUAUCAGAAUUAGUUGCAAGUCAAACGCUUGUUGGCUCGACUGUAAAAAUGGAUGGGAUUGAGGGAGAUCCUCUUGCUUUUUUGAGUGUUGUGAAUUUGAAUCAUUAUUAUGAAAAAGACUGUAUAAAGAAGAUGAGAUUAUAUAUUAUGUCUAAGAUAUCUUUAAAUAAGGAGUUUUAUGAUUUUUUUUGUGUUUCUUUUGAAGAAUUGGGCACUAAUAUGGGUUUAAUUUUAUCAGAACGUCUUAUUAAUAUGCCAACACAAAUUGUUCCGCCUAUGUAUGAAAUGCUUUUUGAGGAGAUUGAAUGGGCAUUGGAAGAUAAAGAACCAUAUGAUUUUAGUUAUUAUAUAAUCUUAUCGAGAAGUUAUCAACGAAUGGUAGAUCAAGAUGAUUUGAAAAAGAGACAAACAAGGGAUCAGAAAAAGGGAAAAAUGUUUUAUUUUCAUCAAGAAGAUGAAUUAUUUAAAGAAAAAUCAUUAUACUCUGUAAGAUAUAAAUAUUCUCAAUGUAGAAACUCGGAUAUUGUGUCUCAUAAUCGAGAUAUUGAUAUACAACAUUACGGUGAAAUAAUGAUGAUUUCAAGAGAUAAGUUGAAAGAAGCUAUUAAUGAAUUAAAAUCGAUAAUUAUUUAAUAAUUGAAUUAGUAUUGAAAGGAUUGUUUCGUUUUGAUUUUUAGAUAAAAGUGACUCUUUUGUUAAAAUAUUUAUUAACAGGUAUAAAUAUCAAUGGUUCCAUUUUGUCGGCCAGAAAUUAAAUAUCCUUCUUUAUGACAAACCCUUUUUACAAUAUUUCCUGGUUCAUUAGAACCAGUCAACAUACCACAAUUCCAAUGUUUUCUUUCAAUUCGAUCAUAUAUUCUAAUAAUAGGUUCAUUUGCAGAAACGACAAUCCUUCUACUAUCAAAGUGUAAAGAUGUUACUGAAUCAUUAUAUGCAAAUGCAUCGUAUAAUGAGCCAAUUCUUAGGUCCCAUAUCUAUUGAUGGUUAAAAGAUAUAAUUUUAAGAAAAUUUUAUACCCUAAUACUUCGAUCUAUGCUACCAGUAAUAAGAUGAUGUUUAUCGAAUUGAAGACAUGUAAUAGGAGCAGUAUGACCAAAAAGUGUUUUUAUAAUUAAACCACUACGAAGGUCCCAUAAUCGUACUAUUCCGUCUGCUGUUCCACUAGCUAAAGCUGCAUCAAAACAUUGAAUAGCACCAACAAAAUCAUAUCCCUUUUCUUUAAAAGAUAAUUUUGAUUUAAAGUUAUCUAAAGAUGAUGACAAAUAAUUAUUACAUUGAGCCGUAGCCCAAAGGAUAUCUAGAGUUUGCACACAUUUUCCUGUUUCAAGGUCCCAUUGUUUUAAAGUUUUGUCGCUAGAACCAGAAACAAGCACAUUUCCAAUAAAAUGUAAAGCAGUGAUUUCAUCCAUAUGAGACUCUAAAGUAGCUAUAUUAAGAUCAUUUGUAACUUUUUUCGUAUCAAAA